AAGAAAGGUCCAAUGCCAUUCACAGAAUCCUUCUUAUGUAGUUAUUUUCCAUAAGUUCUGAUGAUUGAAUGGCCAAAAGAAGUAAAUAAAAAAAUUAAACCUAACCCCUUAAAUUUGACAUUUGCAUAAAAUAUGAAUCGUAUCAAAUAUGCCACCCCGCUACUCUUAGAUCAGGAAUCGACUUUAAUUUGUGAAACCAACGUUCGGUUAUAUGAUGGAGAUAUAAAGACAAGUUUUGAAGGGGGAGAACUUAUUAUAACAACACAUAGAAUUUUAUGGGGUCGUCCUGGUAUCAUUGCAAAGGGACAAACAUGCCUGGCAUUAAAAUUGGAGUUGGUGGUUUAUGUGGAAGAGGCAUCCCCAAGCACUUUCAGUUUUUCACGUUCUCGUAAAGUAGUUUUGCAUUUAUCAGAAGAUUCAGAUAGUACUUCUGAUGGACCACAGAGUCAUAGUAUAUAUAAUUUCAUUAAAUUAUCGUUUCGAGAAGGUUUUACUAAUGAUGUUCUUGGUGCACUAAAUGAUUGUCUUACUAAAAGGUAUUGGGAAACUCAUAUCCCUCAAGUAACUGAGAAGAAACAAUUAACCGAGAUUAAGCUUAGAACUGGUAUUAUUGGUAUUGAAAGAAGUUUGCAGGAGAAACAUAAAGCUACAGAUGAAAAUUUGUCCAUUGCUUUUAAGGACUUAAAUAAACUUAUGAGUAUGGCAAAAGAUAUGGUUAGGUUAUCACAUACUAUAUCUGUCAAGAUUAAGGAGAAACAAGGAGAGAUCACUGAAGACGAGACAAUCAGGUUUAAGUCUUAUUUAUUAAGUCUUGGGAUCGAUGAUCCAGUCACACGAGAUUCAUACAAAACAAAUAAUCAGUAUUAUAAAAGUUUAGCUAAGGAGAUGUCUGAUUUUUUGACAAAGUAUGUAGAGGAAAUGGGUGGAAUCAUGACCUUAACUGAUGCAUAUUGUCGACUCAAUCGCGCAAGAGGUUUAGAGCUUUUAUCUCCCGAGGAUGUAUUAAAUGCAUCUAAAUUAAUGGAGACAUUAAAUUUGCCUCUAAAGUUGUAUCAGUUUAGUUCUGGUGUAAUGGUAUUGCAGUUGAGCAGCAUGGAUGAUGAAAGUGUGGCUGAAAUAACUUCGGUUUUGGUUCAAGAAAAUGGUUCACUGACAUCAGAAGAGUUGUCUCAGAAAUUGGGAAUAUCUGUUACUUUGGCCAAAGAAAGGCUAUUAAAUGCGGAGAAAUGUGGAAAAUGUUGUAGAGAUGAUGCAAUUGAGGGAUUGAGGUUUUAUCCCAAUCUGUUUUUAACAAAAGAGGAAUAUUAGAUUUU